UUCGCUUGAUAUUCUUUGGUAAAGUUUUCUUCAGAAGAUUUUGAUGAAUUUUUUUUCGGCAAGAAAAUCAACUUCUUAGGGUUUUUACCCUCUUUUGUCAGCCGACUUUCAGAUUCAAUACUGCAGAAACAUUUAUCUUUUGAUGAUAAUCUGUAUUUUAACCUACAAAGGUUUAGUUUAUGGCAUUUUUAACGAAAAAGCAACGCUCAUAGCUGCCUGCUUGUGACUAAGUAAUGGCAGCCAUGAUGGUACUUCAUUGAUUGUUUUUAUGCGUUUUGGAUGAAGAAUAGAGAAAUUACCCUUGUUGGAUUUUUAUGUAUUGGGAAGAGCCACAAACAAUACCAAAUCAUGAAAAUAAGUGGAUGUGGUUCCUCUAUGAUCAAAUUUUAGUUAAAAUAUUUUUAUAGACAAAACCUUUAAAAAAUACAUAAAACACAGAAAUGAUUAGCGAACCUGAUUUGAUAGGAGAAACUAAAGGUCCUCCAUCAAAGAGACCAAGACCUGAUUCUCCUCUGGAAACACCAAACACAGAUGCAGGCUUCAGCUAUGAUAUUCUUAACGAAUUACCAGAUGAAAUCAUUACAAAUGAAGGAAAUGAUAAUGUUAUGAGUAAUGGGAGUGAUUUACUCAGCAGUCUGGAACCAUUUGACUCAAAUAACAUUGAUUCUUCAACAGACAAUGUUAUGCAAAAUGGACCUACAUCACUAUCAGCAUCUCUUGUUAAGGGUGGAUCAGGAAAUACUGUCAGUGGUAAUCAAAUGAAUGUUAAUGCUAACCAAAUGAAUGUCAGUGGAAACCAGUUAAAUGUUAGUGGAAACCAGCUGAAUGUUAAUGGGGGUGCUGCAAAAAACGUUGGAAUGCAGAGUCCUCGGCCUGAUAUGACUUGGUUUACACAAAAUAGACCUCCUCAGGGACCUGUUAGCACUACUGCUAUGCCAACCCCUGCUACCCCAAUGCUUAACCCAGUUUCAAUUAGAGCUGGUCAGGCAUCAAUGGGAACAAUGCAAGCAUCAACACCAUUAUCUAGUUCCAUCGCUUCAUCUAUGGUAAACUCAAUGCCAACAUCUUUUGCUAAUAAUCCUAUGCAAAGUUCUCUGAUGAAUAAUAAUUCUGCAAUGACAUUAAUGCAAACUAUGUCAUCGAAUUCUAUGUUUAAUGGACCAAUGAGUAUGGCCAGUUCAAUGGCAGGCAUGGGACAAAACACACCAAUGAUGGGCCAAACAUUCAAUCCUAAUCAAGGAUUUGGAAAUAACAUGCAGAUGGUAAACAAUAGACUUUAUAAUAAUAACUUGCACUUUCGUAUGAAGAUGCAAAAUAUUCCAAAUAAUUUCAACCCAAUGAAUAAUGCUUCAAUGAACCAGUUGAUGGGUGGACACAUAAACAACAUGGGAAUGCCUGAUAAUAAUCAAGACCCCAUUAUGAUAAAUAACCCACUCGGAGGCUCUGCUGUACUUGGUAUGCCUAGAAUGCCUAAUCAGAUGCGAAAUAAUUUUGGUGAAAUGAAUCCUGGCAUGAAUCCAAACAAUAUCAUAAAUGGACCAGCAGGGUAUCAACAGCCUAACAUGGGCAUGAAUCCAUUGGGUUCAAACAUGAAUAGACCACCACCAAACCAGAAUGUAAUGGAUGUUCCAAUGCAACGAAUGGGGAAUCUUGGAAACAUGGGAAAUGAUCAAUCAAUGUCAAUGAAUCCACAGAAUAAUAAUCCAACACAACAUAACUCUGGUCCGCAUCCUACUACUACUGCUGACCCCGAAAAGAAACGUUUAAUUCAGCAGCAACUUGUUUUGUUACUACAUGCCCAUAAAUGCCAACGCCGUGAACAACAAGCCCCAAAUGGUGAUUACAAACCUUGUGACUUACCACAUUGUAGAACAAUGAAAGGUGUGUUGAAUCACAUGACUGUCUGCAAGGCUGGCAAGACUUGUCAAGUUGCCCAUUGUGCAUCAUCUCGUCAAAUUAUAUCUCACUGGAAGUUUUGUACUCGCACUGACUGCCCUGUUUGUUUACCUUUAAAAAAUGGUCCACCCAAUGGUAGAAGGCCAGUUGGUAUGUCAAAUGAUACUGGAAUGAAUCCGUUUGCAAACUUCAAUGGAACUCGACCACAGUUAAACAGUGGUGUAACUGAUCCAACUAAUGCAGAUGGUGUAAAUAUGGGCAAUCAAAGCAAUAACAACAAAGAAGACAAGGAAGCCUGGCAUAAAUCUGUCACAACAAGUCAAAGGAAACACCUAGUUGAAAGAUUGGUAUCAGCAAUUAUUCCUAAGGGAGUUAACGACCCAAAUACAUUGAAAACGAAACAAAUGGAAAAUUUAGUCCAAUAUGCGCAAAAAGUUGAGGAUGACAUGUAUAGCACGGCUGCUAAUAAGGAGGAUUAUUUUCACCUUCUUGCAGAAAAAAUUUACAAGAUCCAAAAGGAAUUGGAGGAAAAACGUUUGGAGCGAAUAAGAAAUGCAAACUUGAGAAACGUGCAAGGUCACAAUACUAUGAAUGGGCAAAAUGCCAUGAUUCCAGGUAAUUUGAUGAUGAAUCAAGGCAUGAAUCAAGUUUCGUCUGGUAAUAUGAACCUUCCUUUUCCUGGUCAGCAGCAUAAUCAGAAUCAACAGAAUAUGUCAAACAUGCAAAAUUCAAUUCCCGACUUUUUAAAUAAUAGUAACAAUAGUAAUAAUAACUCAUUUAAUAAUUCUUCUGGUCAACAACCUGGUCAAGGAAAUAUGCCAAACAUCAACCAAUCCAAUUUGCUUUCCUCAAAUAAUCUACUCACAAACGGUGGUAUGACUCCAAGGAAAAAAGCUGCUUUGCAAAAAACACUUUAUGAUGCACAGAUGCGCUCACAGAACUCACAAAAUCAAAGAAAUUCAUCUCUACACAAUAUCCAAAUGCAAAUAAAUCAGCAAAAUCAAAUGAAUCAACUCAACCCUUUUUCUCCGCAGCUGCAGCAGCAAUUGCAACAACAACAACAACAAGCACAACAACAAAAGCAGCAACAAUUGCAACAGCAUUCUCAAAUGCUUCAAAAUUCUCUUACACCGCCACCUUCAACAUUAAUGCCAAAUCAAGUAAAAUCAGAAGAAUCAAUACCCAAUUCAAAUAAUCAAAAUGCGAUGUUUAUGCCAAAUCAAAAUCAACAAAAACCACAUUCACCGAUGCAAAUCCAAAAUAUAAAACAAGAAAUCAAAUCUGAGCCAUCUAAUUCUCCGUUAAACAUGAAAGUAAAUUCCCCAAUGACUCUUGAUGAGGUGAAAAGUAAAAGCAAUGUGGAAGUCAAAAUGGAAACAAAUAUAACACCACCUAGUUCUUCAUCACCAAUGACUUCAACAGCCACGACUUCGUCUAGCAUGGCAACAUUGAGUACUGCUGUUAAAACAGAAACUGUUGCAUCACCAUCACCAUCUCUUACUCCAAAACCUGAAGAAAAGCCGAAGAAUGCUAAAGUAUGGACGACUGAGGAGCUUGUUGAAAAGUUAAUGCCUAUAUUUCAUAAAAUUCAUGAUAUGGAUCCAGAAUCUGGACCGUUUUUACAGCCUGUUAAUCCUGAGUUUCUAGGAAUACCGGAUUAUUUCACAAUUGUGAGAAAACCAAUGGACUUAUCACUCAUCAAAAAGAAAUUGGAAGGAGGUGAAUACAAGGAUCCAUGGGGUUUUUCUGAUGACGUGAGGCUGAUGUUUGAGAAUGCCUGGCUGUACAACAAGAAGACAACCAAAGUGUACAAAUAUUGCACAAGGCUCUACGAGAUUUUCGAAGCAGAAAUCGAUCCUGUAAUGAAGUCCCUUGGUUAUUGUUGUGGUAAAAAGUACGCUUUCAACCCGCAAAUGUUAUAUUGUUAUGGCAAAAGUCUUUGUUCGAUUCCUCGGGAUAGUGCCUACUACACCUAUCAAAACAGAUAUCACUAUUGUGAAAAAUGUUGGAAAGAAUUCCAUGGUGAAACCAUAGAUUUAGGCGAUGAUUCGGGGCUGGGCAGCAGCAGUGUUGUGAACAAAUCUGACUUUAUGAAGCAAAAAAAUGAUCACUUGGACCUGGAACCAUUCAUUGAAUGUACUGAAUGUUGUCGGAAAAUGCAUCAAGUGUGCGUGCUACAUUUGGACUUUAUUUGGGAGAAUGGAUACGUGUGUGAUGCUUGUCGCAAAGCAAAAGGAAUGGGUAAAAGAAAAGACAACAAAUUUAAUGCAAGUCGCUUACCACAAACCAAGCUCGGUGCACACAUCGAAAAAGCAGUUAACAUCUACUUAAAAGGUCAAGAAAACGAUGAGGCAGGCUAUGUUCAUAUUCGAAUCGUAAGCAGUGUGGAUAAGAAGGUGGAAGUGAAGCCAGGGAUGCGCCAAAGGUAUCAUGACCAAUUCCCUGAGUCGUUUCCGUAUCGUGCUCGUGCUCUGUUUGCAUUCGAGGAGAUUGAUGGUGUUGAUGUUUGUUUCUUUGGGAUGCACACACAGGAAUUUGGGUCGGAUUGUCCCGCCCCGAAUACGAAUCGUAUAUACCUGUCGUAUUUGGACAGUGUGUAUUUUUUUCGCCCUCGGAGUUUGAGGACUAAUGUGUACCAUGAGAUCUUGACUAGCUAUUUCGACUUCUGCAAGAAAAGAGGCUUUCAUUGGGCGCACAUUUGGUCUUGUCCUCCCGGCGAGGGAGACGAUUAUAUCUUUCAUUGUCAUCCAGUUGAUCAAAAGAUUCCGAAGCAAAAAAGACUGGUUGAAUGGUAUAAGAAAAUGCUAGAUAAAUCACAAAGUGAUUCGAUAAUUGUGGAGUACAAAGAUAUAUUUACACAAGCGUUAGAUGACAAAACAAACAGCCCAACCCAGUUGCCCUAUUUUGAAGGUGACUUUUGGCCUAGUAAUAUCGAAGAAAGUAUUCGUGAACAAGAAGAGGAGGAUCGUAAGAAAAGCGAAGCAAUCAUUCAAGCCGCAGCCAUCGAAGCAGAGAAUAGCGAAGAAGCUCAAACUGACGAUUUGAACGUUUCUGCUAGUGGGAAAAAGACGAAAGGUAGCAACAAACGUGGUAGCAAGAAAACUACAAAGAAAAACAAAUUGAACAAGACCCCUGCAAAAAAGUCAGCUGCCAAUAAUAUGGGAACCUGUGAACUCUCUCAACGUAUUUUUGCAACUAUGGACAAAUACAAAGAGGUAUUCUUCGUCAUUCGGUUUUACCUGCGUGGAGAAGAACCUACAGCGAAAAUCGAAGACCCCGAUCCAACACUUAGUUGCGAUAUAAUGGAAGGAAGAGAUGCGUUCUUAACCCUGUCAAGGGACAAGCAUUGGGAGUUUUCCAGCCUGCGACGGGCUAAGUUUUCCACAAUGGCCAUGUUGGUCGAAUUGCAUAAUCAAGGCUCGGACAGAUUCGUGUACAACUGUAAUUUAUGUAAAAACCAGAUCAUAACAAGAUAUCACUGCACUGUCUGCGAGGAUUUCGAUCUAUGUACGGUUUGCUAUAAAGAUAAAGGUCACGAACAUAAGAUGGAGAAACUUGGAUUAGAUAUCGAAGGUGACGCGCCAGGAGACAAGAAAACGGCGGUUACUGCUCAAGAAGCCAGACGGCAGUCAAUAGAAAGAUGUAUUAAAUCUUUAGAACAUGCUACGUAUUGCGACGAGAAACAUUGUCAGUCUCAGAGCUGCAUCAAGAUGAAGAAAGUGGUGUCGCAUGCAAAGAGUUGUAAACGAAAGAACAACCACAGUUGUCCGAUUUGUAAACAACUUAUCGCAUUGUGCUGCUACCAUGCCAAGACAUGCACACAGGCUAAUUGUUUAGUUCCCUAUUGUGUGCAUAUCAAAGCAAAACUGCAACAACAACAAUUACAACAAAAACUACAUCAACGUCAAAUUCUGCGCCGACGUAUUGCUGCAAUGAAUCGAAGUCAACAGCCUAUUCCGCAACCGGGAAUGCAGCCAUCACCUCAUCCUAUGCAAACGAAUGUUCAACGUCCAGGACCUUCACCUCAAAUUCCAAUAGCUCAACCAAAACCCAUGCCUACGAUGGCGCUGCCGCCCUGUACGGUUCCACCCAAUGUAUCUGCUCCACCAACCCAACAGCAGCCUAACAUGGUGAUGAUUAACAACAUGAUGCAAAACCAGGGUCAGCGAUUUACAAGCCAAAAUAGUUUCCAGCAGCCUAUGCCUGGACAGCCAAUGCCUGGACCCAACGUAUUCACUCAAAGUAAUCCACAGGUCAUGGUGAACCAAAUGAAUGGAAAUGAUUGGUCGAUGUUGCACAAAGAUCAACAAAGACAAACAAUGUUUCCACAAAUUCCCAACAUGGGACCAAUGGGGCCUAUGGGUAAUAUACAACAGCAACAACAACCAAAUGGAAUGGGCCAGGUGUCCCCCAUGCCACCAAAUAUGAACCCAAAUUCACAAUUAAUGGCUCAGCUGAUUCAGGCAAUGGGUCGUGGUGGUGGUGGUAAUCCUAAUCUUAUGAACAAUCAAAAAGUACUUCAAUACUUUCAAGCAAGAGGCAUGAAAGUUGGUAACAAUUUUAUGUUAAAUCCUCAGGGUAUGCAUGCAAGAAACACAGGACCAUGGACAAUUCAGCAAAAACGAUUUCAAAUGCAAAUGCAAAGAAGAAUGGUGAAUAUAAAUGCUGGUCCUGGUUUUCCGAAUCAAAUGGCUAACCAGACCAAUCCACGAAUGAUGAAUCGACAAUUCUCACAAGAAAUGCCACCACCAGGGUCAGGUAUUAUGCCGAACCCAAAUCAACCAUCGUCACAAAUGAUGGCUGCUGCUGCGGCAGGUCGUGUGACACCAGUUAUGAACAAUCAUCAAAUGAUGUCUCCGCAACCAAAUAUUAUGUCACCUCCGCAACCGCAAAUGCAGCAACCGCAGAUGCAACAAGCGCAGAUGCAACAAUCUCAUAUGCAACAAAUGCCCAACCCGUCUCCACGCCAAGCCAUGUCACCGUCACCCAACAUUCCGGUGCCUUCUCCACGUCCGGUGAUGUCACCUCAACAGCACCAGCAAUCUCCUGCGUCGUACACACAACCUCUAACGUCACCUAUGCACCAAACAAAUUCGCCUUCUAAUCAUAUCGAUCCUUCGACUAACAUUCAGCAGCCUUCGUCUGUUCGCUCAGACGGCGGUCUUGCACCUAUACAAGAUACUGACGUUUCAAUGAAUACUAUGGAAUCAGAAGAUAAGGACUCACUAAUAACAUUUGUGGAACGACUUUGACAAAACUCUUCGCCUAGAGUUAAUGGAUUACCUAUAUACUCAUAAAUGGCCAACGCCUUGGUUGCUUUUAUCGCAACUGACAAAAUCGUUAUUUAUAAAGAAAAAUCAUGUAUUUAUUACCGUGCCACCUAACAAGGAUCACAAUGUAACAGCCUCCCACCCCUUGGGCUGUUCUGAAUGAUUUCGUGUUAAAGAAUCACGGAUAAAUUACUGGUAUAUUUUGAAUCCACAGUCGUCAUAUUUUAGAUGUGAGAUUGUUUUUAAGGUAUUCUAAUAGAUAAUGCUACUGGAGGACUCGAUGACCCUGAAGCAGAUUCACUUCAGUGUCAAAUAUUAGAAUUUGUACUAUAGACAAAAGUUGUUUAGUAUUAACAUUAUAUAUUUACUACUGCGAAGGAUUAACAUAGAUUUUGUAUUAAAACAGUGAAAAUUUUAUUCCCCAGUCAGUCAUAUUUUCUUGUUUCGUUAACUUGUAGAAGAGAAAAGAGGUCGUUUUUUUAUAUACAGAAUUCUUCCUUCUUUCGACGACAAAAAAAUAAGUUAUAAUAAAAAACGCUUCAGUCGUUGCUCUGUGAAUGGGAUUGUCGGCAAGGACGUAACUUCUAGUUUCUUAGUAAUUGUCUUUUUUACAGUGCAGAAUUAACGAAAUAAUGUUUAAUAGUCCAUAGAUAUAUUCUUCUGCGACUCCCUGCUUUCUAGUGUUCAGUUAGCGCAAUCUCUUUCGUAUAUUCGAUUUUUACUUAGGUAAGUUUUUCGCAGUUUUCACCAAGAAACUUCCGUAUUUAAUUUCGCAGUUUUCAAAUUUACUAACUUAACUCGAAUUUGAAACUAAUAGUAAAAGUUUGACAAGUUACACUGCAAGUUUAACAACUUAACCGAUGUAUCAAUUUAACAGAAUUCCUGUGAAGUAAAAGGGAGUUUGCAGAAUUUUGUUUAUACUUGAAUUUGAGCUUCCCGUACCUGUAUAAAAGAGUUGUUGUUUGUUUUUUUUUCUUUCUUUUAUUUUUUACGAAUCCGAAUUUUAUUGGGAUAUUUUGUGAAUAGUCUCCUUAAAAAUACGCUUAAAAUAUUGUCGUAAAAUUUUAAUUUUUAUUUUUACCAUAUAAUUAAAUUUUUUGUGUGUGAAUGUGCUAUAUGAACGACAAAAAGUCCUUGUCCUCUCCCAUUGCGUCACCGACAGCCAUAUUGUGUAUUUCUUAACAACGUGAUAAAGGAGCUUUUUUUGUUUUUGCUUUUUCAAUUUCCCCACCCAGUUUGUCGUCAGUAUAGUAGGUUAUUUUUUCAUUGUACAAAAGACCGCUUGAUGAUGACUACUGUUUGUAUAUGUUAAUAUCUCGUCCAUCGUCAAAAAUUUUUAUGGCCGUGAAAAAUAAAUUGUUUAUUUUAA